UCAACAUCUAUCAGAAAGAAAAAAAAAAAUGAAGUACUCCUGGUUCUGGAUGACUACUACCACCUUGGCCCCAGUCCUGGCCAGAUACACCCUCACCCUUCCUCCCUCCAUCAGCAUCGGCCCCGUCAAUGCGGACUUCUCGGUACCCUCGCUCGACCAAUCUGACCUGGCCGCUCCGAAGCUGGACCGCGUCAACGCCUCCUCCUUUGACUGGUGGUACUUUGACGCCAUCGCAACGGAUAACCCUAACACGACGGUGGCGGUGGCCUUUGUCUCUGCCGGGCCGUCGGGGUCGCCGUUCCCCUUGCCUGGGUCCGAGGGAAAUGGCACCGGACCAGGGAUCGGAGUCGGCAACGAGACCGCGGCGCUCUUUGCGCAUGUCUGGGUGACGUACCCGAAUGGGAGCUCCCUGGUGAAGAGCGGGAUUGCCUCACAGGCGACAGUCUCGGGGUCUGGCGAUUCCAGCAUGGGUCUCUGGAGUGGUGGUGGGGGGUGGAUGGGCAGUGAAGAGGGAUACGAGGUAUCUUUGGAGAUGCCUGGUGUGAGGGGGACAAUUAGUAUGGACAAGAUCACACCUCCCCACUCCCAUUGUUCAGCCCCCGGACAGUUCAACACCUCGCUGGAACUGGGGCCGCUUGGAUGGGUGAGUAUUCUACCGGAUGCAAUUGCCUCUGUGGACAUCGACGUGCACAACGGCGAGCGACUUCGAUUUGACGGAUAUGGCUAUCAUGACAAGAACUGGUCCAACCGCCCGUUUGCCCCCAGCACGAAAUCGCUCUUCCGCGGCCACGCCCAUCUCGGAAACUACUCGGUCGUCUGGGUUUCCUAUGUCCCUGCCGCGCCACCUUCCUUCUCUCCAUCCAGAUCCCACCGCGAACUGGACAUGGACAUGGACAUGGACAUGGACAUGGAAACGGAAAUGGACCUCCAAGCCGACCCCGAAAUCCUCAGCGUCUACAUUGCGCGGGAUGGCGAAACCGUCAGCGCCUCCUGCGCCGCCAACGCGGUGAGCUACCGUGCGGUCCGCGAGGAAACCGAGGGCGGCCCCGUGUCCGGGUACGAGGUUGUGCUUCCGGGCGCGAGACUGCAGGUUGCGACGGAUGUCGAGGUGUCGCAGGUGGGCGGGAGAUAUGUGCGGUGGAGCGGCCGGGCGCGGGGGGAGAUUUUGGGAGGGCAGGAGGAGGGGGGGGCGGUUUUUGAGAGGUUUUUAUACUGA